CGCAUAGGAGAUGCGGUGGCAUCCGACAGAACACAGCAUCCAAGUGCAGAAAUCGAUGUGGAUGUGAAAAAAGCCUCUUAAGAUGACGCUUUCGGAGCUCAUUGCGUCCCCCACUCACACUCCUUCCUAAUCCCUGGUGGUCUAGGGCUCAGCAAUCCCCCUUGGAAUCCAGAGACGCCAUGCAUAUGUGUGGUGACAUAAUCAAGCCUCGGAAGUGUCAGCAAGGCACUCUCAACUCCCUUAAGCCCUAGAAACCUCCUAGACCCACAGUUUGAAAGGAUGCUUUUCCGCGUGUGGCAGUACUUGUACAACAGCUACUUCCGAUUCUGGUUGAAGUGGUUUUUGAGACAGAUUACCGGUAAAUGUGAGUUGCAAAGAAUCUGUGAUGGAUCCAAAGAUGGUGCCCAGAGGACUCACAGGAUAGAAUACGCCCUGAAAUAUUCAAAAAGUAAGGUCUUACAACGUGCUAUAAACCUUUUUGAAGAUGAAGUAGAUCAAUGUGUCUCUGAUGUAGUAAAAGAAAAAAAGAUAAACCUAGAGAAGGAUAAAAGGUUUCAGGUAAACCUGAGGAUCUGUGUGUUACAGAUAUCUGGGUACAAGAAGCUUUAUUUGGAUGUGGAAGAUCUACGAAAACAAUCGUAUGACUGUGAUAACCCACAGCAUGAAGAUCAACUACUGGAGGUAUUUCAGUAGAAAUUACUCUGAAGAAGCACGUCUACUUCUCUCCCAUUCAAAUCAUCCAAAGAUUGGGUAUUCCUAUGCUAUUGUUGGAAUCAACCUGACAGAAAUGGCCUAUAGUUUACUGAAGAGUGGUGCUUUGAAGUCUCACUUCUAUAAUAUGGUCCCUGGAUUCCCAAGGAUGAAGUGUUUCCAUCAGUUUUAUUGUUAUCUGACGUAUGAAUUUGACAAGUUUUGGUUUAAAGAAGAACCUGAAAGUAUUAUGCAUUUCAACCAAUAUAGAGAGAAAUUCCAUGACCAAAUCAAGCACCUUCUCCGUAAUCCUGAUGUUGUUCUGACUCUUUAAUAUUUAUAAUUAAGGGACCAUUCAAUGUGGUGUCCCACUUUGUUGUCCACGUUUAUUUUUAUGUAAAGUAAUGUUUAAUUAAACGUUCCUAUUUGUUUUACAAAGGCUACUGGACAAUCAAAAUGUGUUCUUUUUUUAUGGGCACUCUAACCCGUACUGUUACAGUGUUUGCUUUAUCUUGACUUAUUUGUCAUUCCCAUCUCUAUGCAGCCGCUCUUACACUAUUGUUAUGUUGUAAAGAAAUACAACUGUUUUGUGCAUAAACUUUAAUACCUGUAUAUUGUUAGCUGUCUUACUGGACCAUAAUAAGAUCCAAUCCUACUACAUAUUAUAUGCAAAUGACUUUACAUUCUUUAUUAUCACAAGCUAUUAGAUAAUUAAGGAUUUUCUAUAGGACUGUUAUAGUUGUGAUAUCUGGUGAAAAACAUUGUUUUUUGCAAUUCGUUUUGCUACUCUUACUGUCCAUUAGCAGGGGUGCUGCUAAAUGUUCUGACAGUCUAAAGGAAGAAUUUGUUAAAAAAAAAAAAAAAAAAAAUUAUCUUAAACACAUUAAAAUAUCUUUUUUAAUUUA